GAGUGUUUGACGUUUCUGUGCAUGGUAUUCGAGGCCAUAAUUACUGUAGUCUAUCGCCAGCAAAACCCUCUGAUGAGACGAUCGCCGUCAGCCAACUAUUCGAGUUUCAGCCGUUCCAGCUCGCCCUCGACGACAAUACGUUCCAUGUUUCCAUGUCGCGAACUAGCAUCAAACACCCACAGUCUUCGACACGCCGAGUCCCCAGUCUUUUCCAGAACAAGACCGAGAAUGUUCCGGGCGGAGAAGGAAAACGUGUGCUUCACAAUGGGAACGCAAUAAAUAUCCGCAGGUGGGAGACCCUGCGAGGGAUCGUCAAAGUAGAUCUUUGCAUGUCCAUGCGACAACAGGGGCAGCACACCAUUCAGGCGCAGGCGUCAUUUCUGACCUCGGAUCGAGUCCAGCACAAUAUUACCGUCGCUACGCCAGAGGCCGGACCACGUUGAUUUUACGACGACGGCGUCGACUUGAAUCGCUCCCAAUGGACCCGUGCCUUCUGCUAUCUAGGAGUGGUGGCCCUUCGUGAGACGCUGGCUCUUGUAAACUGCGUUCUUGCAGUCAAGAUAUGACACCACACCCUCUAACGAUACUCAGGACCACGAAAGGGCACGACCUCGCACGACUCUAGUGUUUCCGUGGCCAGGGCUUUGUCUGUUCUCUUGCAAACCUCGUGCAUCUGAAAACAAGUCUGCAGCCACAAUCGAGUUUGCGGGAGUGAUUGCUUAGAGCCAGUGUGAUUCGUAAGACCUGUUCUUGAUGAAGUCGUUACUGGGCCGACAGAUUUCUCACUUUGUCUGUCUGCGGGUUCUAGGUAGAGGCGCCUCUGUAAGGGGAUUAGUAUGCGGGUAGGGCUGAGGACGCUUCCGGGGGAAGAAGCAGCGUACAUCGUAAUACCACGUUGACGUGCUUUCCAAGAGAGAGCCCAGCUAUUUGUGGGAGGCUGCUGACGGCGCGAAAAGGCUAGCGUCGAGUGAGAGUGCGCUGUUGGAAUACAUAGAGAGCGCUACCUAAUGUCCAUUCGCAGCAUCCAGUGCAGGCUCAGGUUUCCCCGCUGGAACCCACAGGUCGACUUGCGAAAUCAGGCGAGAGGGCUCAGAAGCUCAUCAUUGGAAACCUUGCCAACAAGACUCUGCUUUCUCAAAUCCUCUGUUUCCCAUCCUCAGGCUGACGAUGCGCAGCUCGCAUCGCAAGUCGCGGUUUGGCUGCCGCGAGUGCAAACAACGGCACACAAAGUGCGACGAAACGCAUCCGUCCUGCUACAACUGCACCAACAGCAAACGCCAAUGUUCAUUCACCCGCUCGACUGCGUCUUCGAUGGUGCACAUACAGCCGCAGCGGUCCGAUUUGCCAUUAGAUGGCAAUAUCAAGACCGGUUCAUCUGAAGCAAUCACGCCGGAUGGCGACGGCUGCAAAGUCGCUCAAUCUCCAAGCCUUAGACGCGACCUCCUCCACGAGGACUACAACAUAGUUCACUUCCAGCUCCUCUACCACGUUGGAGACAGAUUGAGCUCUGAUGCCCAGCAGUUCAUACCCAAGGGGCAAGAGCUUUUCAAGAGCUCCGUGAGAGAAGCGUUCACGGCAGCGUACCUCAUGGAUGCCCUUAUUGCCGUCGCCGCGGCUCACAAAAGCACGCUGCCGGGAGAGGACCAGGCCUUCUACCAGACUGAGGCAAUGAGGCUCUUGACGCGGUCCUUGACCAAAUUCAAUGCCCAGCACGAAAUCACCGAAGACUACGCCAUGGCCGCGUUUCUGUACACCAUGUUGCUGGGCCAACUGGUCCUCUUCGACAUAUUCUCGCACGGAGAGGACUUGGCCAGCAUUCUAGAUCGAUUCGCGCAUUGCAUGAAGCUACACCACGGCAUACGCAAGGUUGUCGCCCCCGUGUGGCAUAAAGUCCAGCCGAUCCUGGGCGGGUGCUAUUUAGCAGAGUGGGUGAGCGACGGGGUCCCGAGUCUGGGAGAGCCCAACUCUGAAUGUUCUCCUCUGUGGGAGCUGCUUGGCCGGAGCGACUUCAGCGCGAGCCCCCGCCAGGCCUACUCAUCUUCCAUCGAAGCACUGCAGAUGAUGUUCGACUACACGCGUGGCCGGCCGACGAACCGAAUGAUGGCCGUCCAGGAGUGGCUGGUUCGGGUUCCCAUGGACUUUGUGGAUCUCGUCAGCCAACGACGGCCGGAGGCUCUUAUCAUCCUCGCGUACUAUGCCGUCCUGCUUCACCGUGCCAGAGGCUUUUGGGCCAUCGGCGGCGCCGGACGAUUUCUUAUUCGGUCGAUUUCGAGUUACCUUGGAGAGUACUGGUUACAGUGGCUGGAGUGGCCGAACGAGGUGCUCAACGGGCCACCAGCAUUGACUGAGUAAUGUGCUCGGUCAUAAUAGAUCAUAUAGAACUGAGCGCCAUCCAUCCGAGCCACAGAAUAUUCAUAUUCCAUGUACUUGGACUAGUCGAC